CUCAACGUUCUCUCCUCCUCUCCCCCACACCCGAAGCCGUCCCCCACUCUCAGUUUCUUUGUAAAAGCACGACCUCAACAGUCAUAUGGCAAAUCUUUUUUACACACGCUACCUCAAACCACCACCGACUAUUGUCACUGCUGGCAAACCAUUCAAUAUUGUAUGGACAGUCGCUAAUGAUUUAGGCGAAAUCUCUUACUGGCAGCCUCUGACGAUCUGCUGUCGUCUCAUACCAGCAGCGACUUCUUCGUCAUCGCCAAAGACUGCCACCCACUUGACAUUACAACACCAUGGUUCAUCGCCAGCCUCAAAGAAGAAGUCUUUGUGCAACAUGGUAGAACUACAGUACGAUCCAGUCAAAGGUGGAGGCGUCAUGACGACAUCGUUAGUUGUAUCCGGAUCAUCUGCAGGGUCACGCACCGUUGGUAGCAACAGCAACAGUGUGACAUUCCAACUUGUGCUGGAACUAGCAGGCAGUCAAUAUAUAGAGCAUCCUGUAUGGACUAGAGCUCGUCUUUUAAAAAGCCAGUACGACGAUGAUGAUGAUGACGACGCGUGGGUCAUACCCGUGUUUUCACUACCAGUCCACUUAGCCACGUCUUCUCAACAGCAUGGAAAAUCAUCUUCUGUACGCGACUAUGAACGGCGCGUGACAAUAAAGAAUUAUAGUAAUGAUGCCAAUUCUACUAAACCACAACAACAUAUCAUCCGGAUUCAUGAAGAUGCUUCACCGAGCAUCGGGUCACAUAUAUGGGAUUGCGGGAUGCUCAUGUGUCAAUAUCUUGCCGAACAACAGUAUCAACAACAACAACCCCAUUUCGAUCGUAUCCUCGAACUAGGCAGCGGCACGGCAAUUGCCGGUAUCUAUGCUGCCCACAUGCUCAACCCGUCCAUCAUUUACUUGACUGAUCUGGACGAUACCGUACCCACGGUCCGACACAAUGUAUCUUUACAGCAACACAAAGCACAGAGUGAGAAAAGUAUCGUCGUCGAAGAGUUAGAAUGGGGUCAAACGGAUAUAUCGAACAAAUGUGUGAAUCUGGUGUUGUUGACGGAUGUGCUCUAUAACCCCGCGUUCCAUGAUGCAUUGAUCGAUACCCUCAGUAAGCUGGUGGAAACUAAUCCCAAGUUGAAGGUUCUACUCGGAUACAAGCCAAGAGAUCAGGGUGAAGAACGGACGUUUUUCGAUAAGAUCGGAAAGUUGGGUUGGCAAUGGCAAAUGUCAUUGUUGCCACCGGCUGAAAUUUACUGGAUCAGCAAACAAUAACUAGCUAUCUCUUCUUUUAUCAUGUAAAUAAGUUUGUUGUUGCUCCACUUGGUAUAUGUUCUUAUUGAAUGUGCAUGCCUACUUUAUCACAUAGUUACUGCUGUAAAUAAAGACUAGAAAAAAGUUUGCUUGUAUAAAGGCUUGUCAGUAAGGACCAAGGGUACCUUCGUAAGGAC